AUGCAGCUCACCGUAACCCUCCUCGCGCUCACCAGCCUCACCCUCACCUCCGCCUUCCCUUACGCCCACCCGCAGGAUGCCCCCUCCACCGUGGCCCCCAUCCCCCUCCCCACGCUGUCGAUCCCCGCAGAUCCCACCGUCUCAGUCCCGCUGUCCACGUCCCUGAACGUGCCCACCACGUUGCCCACACUGCUGCCCACGCUCUCGGUGCCCGGGAACCUCAGCAGCAGCAGGAGCACGCGCCACCACUUUAGCCACUGGGAGCCGAUUCCGAUUUUCAGCAGCGCGUGCAACUGUCCCGCGCUGGCGACGGUGGCGUAUCCGUGCUGGGCGACGGAUGCUUUGCAGCGCUGCAACUUCGAAGAACUCCACUCCUUCGUGUGCUGGACCUCCGCCGCCCGCGGCUGUCCCACGCCCACACGCCAGUGCGACGCCCUCUACUCCCCCACCCCCCUGACUGGCAAACACCCCUGCGACCUCGGCCAAAACACAGGCGGCCUCGAGCCCCCGCAAGACACGACGGUAUAUAUCACCGAGACGUCCUAUGUGACGUUUGUGCCGACUGAGACUGCGACCGCGGCGGUGGGGGCCAGGGCGGCGGCGACACCGCUUGGGAGGUGGCAGGAUAUGGCGUGGAGUCCAGAGUAUUAUGGUGUCAGGAAGUGA